AUGUUUCCCUUCGACCAUACUGCCCUGCCGCAGCUUACGCCCCGUCGGGCUUUCCUUGCAGUUGAUUUCCAGAAUGAAUUUACUGCGGAGGACGGCGCUCUUCCCGUGACGGAACCCCUGGGCUAUGUCCAGCGCACAAAGGCACUGGCUACUGCCUUCCGAGAAAAGGGCGAUGUCAUCUGGGUCAAAUCUCGCUUCGAAGGCAGUCGUGCUGCCGACGGGGAGCAGAUUAUCGUUAGCGACGAGCUACUCCCGCCGCUAUCUGCUAGACGUUCGGCUGCCAGGCCGUUGAAAAGUUCACGGGCACAAGCCGCCAUAUCCGUGGAGACCCCCGUCGAAGCUGGCAGGCCACCCGACCCAGAGGCUUUUCUCAGCCAUGACGACCCGGUAUGUCUCAAACCCGAGUCGACUACGGCUUGUGACUGGACAGCCGAGAUCAAGGAUUCCAUGCAAAAGGGUGACAUGACGUUCACCAAGACGCACUAUUCGGCAUUCCAGGGAACCCAUCUCUUGCAUGCCCUGCGGGCCAAAAUGGCAAUGGAGGUCUUUAUCUGCGGCUCACUCGCCAAUGCGGGGGUAUACGCUACUGCCAUGGACGCUGCUGGGCACGGCUUGUCCAUCACGGUCGUUGAAGAUUGCUGUGGCUACAGGAUUGAGGAGAGGCAAAGAAAAGCCAUAAAGAGUCUUAUGGACUUUACUGGGUGCGAGAUCGCUUCAUCCGAAGAGGUUCUCGAGACCAUAAUGCCUCCUCAAACCAAACUCAAACGCUCUGAGCCAAGCCCCCGAGAGGUGCCUGCGGAGUCACCCAAUACUCGGGAGAGCAAGUCACCGGGUAUAGUUAAGCCCAUGACUGGGCUCAGGUUGGAAUCUGGUACUCCAGCACCGGCAAUUGUGGAUGAAAUGCAGACAAAGGCCGUUGGUGAAACGGAGCCACAAAAGAAACCGGAGAAAAACACAGAAAUCGUCAAGGCCCAGGAAAAACACAUUCUUGCGGAGAAACUGAAGCAGGGUGAGGUAUCCAGGCAAGAAUCAGAAGAGAAAAUCACCCCAUUAAAAGAGACACCUUCCAAACUCUCGGCCGCAUCAGAGAGCACCACGGAUUCUGGUGACGACAAGAAGUUGCGGCAAACUGGUCUCUGCGAAGGAGAUACCGAUAUUAUCGAGAAUUUGUUGCCAGAAGACUUGGAGAAAGGCAUAUUUGGGAAACUGAACGAUGAGGUAUCCUGGAAGAGAAUGUCUCAUCAAGGAGGCGAGGUCCCUCGUCUCGUCGCCGUUCAAGGCCAAGUAGCAGAGGACGGGACCAUACCAGUGUACCGUCACCCGAGUGACGAAUCCCCCCCUUUGCUCCCAUUCUCGCCUACUGUCCUGAAAAUCAAGGCUGCGACGGAAAAGCAUCUUGGACACACCCUUAACCAUGUCCUGAUCCAGUUCUACCGCGACGGAAAAGACUACAUCUCCGAGCACAGUGACAAGACCCUAGACAUUGUCAAGGGCUCUUAUAUCGCCAAUGUGAGCCUUGGCGCUGAAAGAACCAUGGUUCUGCGGACCAAGAGGCGGGCUAAAGACUUGCCCGUUCCAGAGGGUACCGCGACUGAGGGCCCGCGACGCCAGACACAGCAUGCUAAAUUACCGCACAACUCACUCUGCCGAAUGGGUCUACGCACAAAUAUGAAGUGGCUGCACGCUAUCCGUCAGGACAAGCGAGCCGAAAAGGAAAAGACUGCCACCGAGCUGGCCUUCUCAGGAAGUCGCAUAUCCUUGACCUUUCGAAACAUUGGCACUUUCCUGGACCGAGAAGAGAAGAUGAUAUUCGGCCAAGGGGCUGUUGGAAAAAAGCGCGAAGACGCGCAGGCUGUUAUCAACGGCACCGGACCUGAAGCAAUAGAGUUGUUGAAGGCAUUUAGUGCUGAGAACCACUCCUCAGAGUUUGACUGGGACGAGCGAUAUGGAAAGGGGUUCAACGUGUUGCAUAUGAGCACCUCACCCCGUUUCUUCGCAUCGCCAGAUGCAGUCAUCAACAUGCGGAUUGCGCUCAUGCUCUCUGAACUUGGCAUAAAUUAUGCCAAAGGCAGUAUGGGCCCGACCGUUUCCAACAACAGCGAGCAGGUAGUUGCUGAGGCUCUGCCUAUAUUGCCUAUAAAAUUUGUGGAUAACGAUGCGGCGAAGUCGACCGUCCACGGUGAUAUGGCCAUCAUGAUGUACCUUGAUCGCGUCCAUGGUUGCCCCUACGGCAACGAGAAGCCAGAAGACGGCGCCAAUAUUUCGGCAAAGAUAUUCUCCCGCUUCCAACAGGCUCUUCAACUCCAUGGCCAUGCGCAACCGCUAUUGAAGACAUCUGGCGGCAAGGAUAUCGACCUUGAACCGUUCCGACGUGAGCUAGAGAAGUGGAAUGAAUAUGCCGGCGAAGACGGAGCGGAAUUCAUAGCGGGACCGAAGCCCACACUUCCAGAUUUUGUCGUCUGGCCUGUGCUACAUGCACUUUGCGACAAGAAUAAGGAUGAGCUGUUCGAGGGAAUGGACCAUCUCAAAAAAUACUAUGAGUUUUAUGGCUCUCGAGAAGCAACAAAGAAGGCUGUAGAAAGGGCAUCGGCGUAG